AUGACACAUCUGGUGCCUGUUCAUGCAACGAUCACCUCGGCUGAGACCGCGUUGCACUUCAUUGACACUGUGUUUCGCCAUCACGGUCUACCAGACAACAUUGUCUCGGACCGUGAUCCUCGUUUAACAUCUGCUUUUUGGACGUCAUUGUUCGAGUUGCUUGGCACAAAGCUGCAAAUGUCGACAGCAGCCCAUCCGGAAACGGAUGGGCAAACAAAGCGAGUUAAUCGGGUCCUCGAAGAUGUUCUUCGAAGUUACGCAACGUCCUUUACAAGUUGGAGUGCGUUUUUGCCACUCGCGGAGUUUGCACUAAACAAUGCGGUUCACGCGUCAACGGGGUUGACGCCAUUCUUUGCAAAUUCGGCCCGUCAUCCUCGUGUACCUACUCUUCUUGCCGUGGGUCAGCCCACGGCUCUUCGUGGCUCCACUCUGGCGGGGUGUGAUAAAGAUAAACAACGAUCGAGUGAAGCUCACGGUAUUCUGAGCGCGAAUGUUGUCAACUAUUCCAAGGCGAAGUCUUCUGUUUUGACGCCACGUGACGUGGCGUCCCCGCUCGCUCAAUGGACUGCACAGACGCUGAUCGAUCCUUCUUCGAGUAUGCGAAACCCUAAAGCUAACUACGCGCCGAUUGAAUCGGCGCGACCAAUUGAUGACAUGGCUGUGUCAGAGUUUGUACUCCAACGUCAAGCCAUCACGAGGUUUGUACGCGAUACUCUUCGAUCUGCAGUGGAUAAACAGAAUGUGAAUGCAGACAAACGUGGAAGAAAGAACACAUGUACAUUCAAGAAGGGUGAUCGUGUAUUGUUAACUACCGAAGUCCUACGAGAUUCAGCAGUAACCAAUCUAGGCGCGAGCAAACUCGCGCCACGUUUCAUCGGACCAUUCACGGUACUCAAGGCGAUCGGCGACGCACACACGCUGGCCAUCCCUUCGGCACUGCGACUUCACCCGACGUUUUACGUCGGGCGGCUCAAGGAGUACCGUCCAGCUACGCUUCACGGGUUGGCUCCGUCCUCGGAGUCAAAGGCUCAUAGUUCGAACUUCCCUCUCGCCUUGCUCGACGCGCCAGCGACAUCGGACGCGGCUGCGUCCCAGUCUGCGCGUGCCCAAGAACCUGGCGUUCCAGGUUUCUCAUCCGUUCAAGCAGCUCGCGGUUUGACUGUCGAAUCUCGUUCGCUGUUCUCUCGGCCCGCGCAGCUUGGUCAAGGGCAGCUUUAG